CGUUUCAGACUUCGAGAUUCGAAAGAAUUAUUAAUUUUCAAAUUUUCAAAAUGUAAAACUACAGCAGAAAAGUAAGAUCAAAGUAAGUAGGUUCGUCGAUAAAUAAGCUAGCAGUAGUUGCGCGCAAAGUUUGUAAUGAAAGGAGAAGGUAAAAUUGGCGGGAAUGAAUCAAGUAUCCUAAGACAUUUGAAAAAAAAGAAAAAAAAAAAACAUUAAAAAUUGCGAAAGGUAAAGUGCUUGUAAGGUAAACCGGCUCGUCUCACUUAGAUUCCAACAUGGAAUAGUUUGUAAGGUAGUCGAGCCGCAUUGUCGCGUCCGAAUCAUGCCGUGAGUGACCAGCAAACGAAAUGGCAAGAGUAUACGGUGUGUCGUGUGCGUGCUAUGAAGCUAUAUAAAUAAUACUUGGCGCGAACCCUGAUCAGUCGAGUUGCGGCGGUCGUACCUGUCGCAACACAAUAUAAUGCCUUGAGUACCAUAACAAACUUGAAACCGGUUGUCCUUUUUCGCAUCUUUCGCUACUUACCGUUCUCAAUUUACCUUAACCUUGCUUCGUGAUUGCAUCGUGACUAUCAUUUCUUUUAUUUCAAUAUUUCCCCAUUUUAUAUUCAUUCGACGCCACUUCCAGGUGAAUUUUUGUGUACAGAAGUGAUCCGUCAGGAUGUCGCACGAUAAUUUAGGAUUUACCUCGAGCACGGAUGCUCUGGAUACCAAGAAAUGGGUCGAUUCGUCGACGAAUAAUCGAACUAGUUAUGAUUCAGGACAGAAGAAGGGGAACGUCUAUGUCCUGGAGAUGGAGGAGAAGAAGAAGAGCGUGCAGGAGUGCCUGGAGGAUUACAAUCCUUACGAACACAGAGACGUGGAACAUCCAACAACGAACAUGGAAACGUUUAUCCAUUUAUUGAAAGGAAGUUUAGGAACAGGUAUUCUCGCUAUGCCCAAUGCUUUUCAUCAUUCAGGAUAUGCAGUUGGUAUAGUGUCCACUAUAGUCAUUGGUCUACUUUGUACUUAUUGUAUAAGAAUACUGGUCAGUUCGGAAUAUGAAUUGUGUAAAAGGAAGAAGGUACCUUCUCUAACUUACCCUGCCACCGCAGAAGCUGCACUCCUAGUGGGUCCAGCACCCUUUAGGCGAUUUGCUAAAACAUCAAUUCAUGUGAUAAACAUAUUCCUUAUGGUGUAUCAGUUGGGAACUUGCUGCGUCUAUACGGUAUUCAUUGGCAAGAAUUUACAUAAGGCAUUGGAUCCCUAUAUGCCAAACGUCGAUGUCAGACUGUACAUGUUGGCGAUGCUAUUGCCAUUGAUUCUUGUUAAUUGGAUCAGAAAUCUGAAAUUUCUGGCGCCGUGUUCGACCAUUGCUAAUUGCAUCACGUUCGCCAGUUUCGGUAUAAUUCUCUACUAUAUCUUCAGGGAGCCGUUGUCUUUCGAAAACCGGGAGCCGAUCGGUCACGUGGCGAACUUUCCACUAUAUUUCGGUACCGUGUUGUUCGCCCUGGAAGCUAUAGGCGUGAUUAUGCCGCUGGAGAACGAGAUGAAGAAGCCCAAGUACUUCAUGAAGUCCUUCGGUGUUCUAAACGUAGGAAUGGGUACCAUCGUAGCUCUGUACACAAUGAUCGGCUUUUUUGGAUAUAUCCGUUACGGUAGCAGUGUCUAUGGUAGCAUCACCUUGAACUUAGUAGACGAGCCUAAAGGACUUGCGUUGUCAGUACAGGUCCUUUUAUCAUUGGCCAUUUUUUUCACUCAUCCAAUUCAAUGCUACGUAGCGAUCGACAUCGUCUGGAACGAGUAUCUCGCGCCAAAUAUGGAGAAAAAUUCUCACAAACUCCUUUGGGAGUACGUCGUAAGGACAUCACUGGUUCUACUUACAUUCCUGUUAGCUGUAGUCGUUCCAAAAUUGGAAUCCUUCAUAUCUCUGUUCGGUGCUCUGUGUUUAUCCGGCCUGGGCUUGAUUUUCCCCGCCGUCAUUCAAACCUGCACGUUCUGGAACGUGUGCGAUGGUACAGAGAGGACCUUGAUGUUAGCCAAGAACAUGUCCUUGAUCCUGUUCGGAUUGCUCGGCCUCGUGGUUGGAACGUACACGAGUCUCCGGGACAUCGUAGGCGACUUCUCUUGAAUCGUUCAAAACGAAAUGUUAAAAGAGGAGAACACGAAGAUAGGUGACAAGAAGAGUUUUGAAGGAGAAGAGAAAAGAAGAGUGGUUGCUCUCUGUGAGCAAUACCAUGAGAUAAUGUGAUAUAGAUAGCAAAUACAAUCGGUUCUUUGAAAAGAUUGAACUGAGUCUGGUAUCGGAUGAGAUGAUCUUCUUGUUUGCCGGGGAUGUAUUUUAUAAAUACGCAUUGAUCGAGUUUGUUGAGCGAAAGAAAAGUAUCGGAUGAGAAAUAGGAAGGAAAAGGACGACUUAUUGUUUAGCACGUCCACGGUUGGAUGAAUGGCUCAAGGAUCGUGUUUCGUUGUAAAUCAUAUCACGAUCUAUGUUUUGUUGUUUUUCGUUUGUUCCUUCUGACACGGAAUCUAUUUUUAUCCUUUGUUUUACGGCCGUGUUUCUAUUUUUUAAUUGUCACAGACGAGAAAAUAUUUCAUUGGAAGACCCCGCGUGAUAUUUAAAUAUAAUUGGUUUAGAGAAUUCACGAAUAAAUCUAUUUAUAGAAACUAA